AGGUGCCGCUGCUGGCCUAGCCUGCUGUGCAGGGAGCCCCAGCACCAUCCAGGUGACUAAGCCAACCCACUGGCACUGAGUCACUGCUGGCCUGAAGCUUGCGUCCCUUUUGCAUCCGCUUAUUUUGGGGGAUCUGGAAACUUGGGGUGGCACCUGAAUCCCACCCCUGCUCCCCUCUCCCCUUCCUACCUGGGAUUCAAGGACCAUGGGACCUGCAGGGACUCUGCCUUCACCCUCUAAGGAGACAGAAGGCACCCAGGAAGAACAAGCAGGCAGCAAAAUGCAAUCGCAGACAUGGUGACGGCCAGCCACCGUGCCCUUUGGAGGGGUGGGGAGAGCAGGGAAGUCCUCCCGGGCUGGCUGGGAACUCACCUCUGGCGGACCUUUCUGUGAAUGAGUGGCUCCUAGGCCCAGCGGUGUGUGGAGAGCAAGACCAGAUUGGCUCAGGCUGGCCUGGCAGGAGUGCCGCCUUCCUGGGCUGGAGACAAGUGCCAGCCUGCAGUGGGGGAGAGAGCCAGGCCCAGUGGCCCCAGGAGCAGCCAAGGUGCCCACCCGGCGGGGGACGCCCCCAGGCCCCCACUCCUCAGCCUGAGCACCCUGCCCGCUGACCGGAGAGGAACCGCCAAGCGAGGCGGCCCCGAGGCACCAUGUUCCGUAAGAAAAAGAAGAAACGCCCUGAAAUCUCGGCCCCCCAGAACUUCCAGCACCGUGUCCACACCUCCUUUGACCCGAAAGAAGGCAAGUUUGUGGGGCUCCCUCCACAAUGGCAGAACAUCCUGGAUACGCUAAGGCGCCCCAAGCCUGUGGUGGACCCCUCACGCAUCACAAGAGUGCAGUUGCAGCCCAUGAAGACAGUGGUGCGGGGCAGCUCAAUGCCCACUGACGGCUACAUCACGGGGCUGCUCCACGACCUCCAGAAGCUGUCUGUCACCAGCUCCAACACCCUCCGCGGCCGCAGCCCCGCCAGUCGCAGGCGGGCUCAGUCCCUGGGGCUCCUGGGGGAGGAGCACUGGGGUGCUGACCCGGACAUGUACCUGCAGAGCCCUCAGUCUGAGCGCACGGACCCCCAUGGCCUCUAUCUCGGCUGCAAUGGGGGCGCCCCUGCAGGCCACAGGGAGGGCCCUCAGAGCCCCUGUGCCCUGUCUAAUGGGGGGCUGGCCGCCAAGGCUCAAUCACUGGGCCCCACGGAGUUCCAGGGUGUUGGGCGCUGCCUGCAGCUGGGCGCCUGUCUGCAGAGCCCCCCACCUGUCACCUCACCCCCUGCGGCCCCGGGCAGGCGAGGUACCAAGGCAGCCAGGCCUGGGGCCGAGGAGACUCGGCCGCAGUCCUGCCUGGUAGGCUCGGGCAGGCUGGGCGGCGAGGGCAGCCCCAGCCCCAAGGCCCAGGAGAAUAGCCUGAAGCGCAGGCUAUUCCGAAGCAUGUUCUUGUCCACCCCCGCCGCAGCCCCUCCAGGUGCCCCGCCUCAGAGCAAGCCUGCCGCCUCCAGACCAUCGCAGAAGGAUCCUCCGCCCGGCCAGGUGGCCAAGGCCCAGUCUCUGCCUGCAGACCCGCCCGCAGGCGCCUUCAGUCCCCUGCCCGCUUCGGCCACCAGCAGCCCCCAGAAGGCCCCCCGCACGGCUCCGGCGGCCGGCCGGUCCUCCCCGGCGGGGUCCCCCCGCACGCGGCACCCCCAGAUCAGCACCAGCAACCUGUACCUGCCACAGGACCCCGCGGCCCCCAGGGGCGCCCCGGCCAGCGAGGACCCGGGCGUGGUCACACACGAGCAGUUCAAGGCGGCGCUGCGCAUGGUGGUGGACCAGGGAGACCCGCGCCGGCUGCUGGACAGCUACGUGAAGAUCGGCGAGGGCUCCACCGGUAUCGUGUGCCUGGCCCGGGAGCGCCACUCGGGCCGCCAGGUGGCUGUCAAGAUGAUGGACCUGCGCAAGCAGCAGCGCCGGGAGCUGCUCUUCAAUGAGGUGGUGAUCAUGCGCGACUACCAUCACCUCAAUGUGGUGGAGAUGUACAAGAGCUACCUGGUGGGGGAGGAGCUGUGGGUGCUGAUGGAGUUCCUGCAGGGCGGGGCCCUCACUGACAUCGUGUCCCAAGUCAGGCUGAACGAGGAACAGAUCGCCACAGUGUGCGAGGCCGUGCUGCAGGCUCUGGCUUACCUGCACGCCCAGGGCGUUAUCCACCGGGACAUCAAGAGCGACUCCAUCCUGCUGACCCUGGACGGCAGGGUGAAACUCUCGGACUUCGGAUUCUGUGCUCAGAUCAGCAAAGAUGUUCCUAAGAGGAAGUCCCUUGUGGGCACCCCAUACUGGAUGGCUCCUGAGGUCAUCUCCAGGUCUCUUUAUGCUACUGAGGUGGACAUCUGGUCUCUGGGAAUCAUGGUGAUUGAGAUGGUGGAUGGGGAGCCACCCUACUUCAGUGACUCCCCAGUACAAGCCAUGAAGAGGCUCCGGAACAGCCCCCCACCCAGGCUGAAGAACUCACACAAGGUCUCCCCAGUGCUGCGAGACUUCCUGGACCGGAUGCUGGUGCGGAAUCCCCAGGAGAGAGCCACAGCCCAGGAGCUCCUGGACCACCCCUUCCUGCUGCAGACGGGACUGCCCGAGUGCCUGGUGCCCUUGAUCCAGCUCUACCAUAAACAGACCUCCUCCUGCUGAACCACCUGUGCCCGCUGAAUUCCCUGGGGGCCUGCAGGCAGCCAGCCUGCCACAUGUCUCAGUAUUCUCUCCAAAGAUUGAAUGUGAAGCCCACCAUUGCCCCUCAGCCCACUGGGCCAGGCCGGACCUGCACCCUCAUCUUCACUCCACAGAGACAAAACCCCUUCCAAGGGAUGACUCUUUGUUAUUGUGCAGGGAUAUUUCUAAGCAACACACAGGCCAGCACUCUUGGCUGCUCAGGCCAACACAGCAGAGAAGGCUGCUGUGGUUUUUAAAGGUCAUUGGACACUAGCACCCCAUCCACCCAAGAGGGCAGCCUGCCUAGCUCCAUGGGGACACUGCUGUCCUCUGACUGGGCCUCAGGGGAGCCCCAGGGAAGGUUUGUAUGGAAUCUGUCUUCCACCCUUAUGUUUGUUUCCUGAGGCCCAUCCCACAUGCGCCUGCUUCCUGAGCCACCUGCACUGACAGUCCUCUCCAUCCAUGGAUACUGAGACCAUCACACCUGCUCGGGGCCCACUGGGAGUAGAGGGGUGCCUUGUGAGAAAGAGUGAGCACUGGGGUGGGGGGCAGUGGUGGCCUCAAUUUCCAGAGUUGAGAGAUGUACACACAACAGUCAACUGCAGUUAAGCCACCACCGUCCUCUCUCCCAUAAUGUUCUGCUCUGAAAGGACCAUUGUUCUAGGCUUCCCACUUCACUGAGGCCAGUGUUUCUCCCCAAUGAGUGGAGAAAUGUGGAUUGAAUCUACCACAUCCUGGGGAGCUGGCAUAUCUUGUUGUUUCUCCUGCAUCAUGGAGGGUAAAAGCCUAGUAGCCAAGACCAGGAUGACCAGGGUACAAAAUCUCUUUUACCUGUGAGCUUCAUCUCAGUCACCAGGUCUUCCAAGGCCUGUUCUUAUCAAGAUCCUUAUCUAGGAGAGAUGAGCCAGCUUCUGGGGUUCCAUCAUGUCCAAAGAAUAGGCACCCCAUUUGAGCAAACGCUCUGCUCCUAGUUGCUUCCUCAGACACCCGCCUCCAUGUUCUCCUUCCCUCUCUCCCUACUUUCAGGGCUGUCUUGAGACAGGGAAUUCCAGGGAAGAGCUCCAGGUUUCUGGACCCCAUCUAGACAAUAUUUUUAGAUUCUAAUGUUCCCCAGUGGACUGCUUGGGGGGCAAGACAGAAAUAAGUAAAUGAUGCAAGGCCAUUUUUUUAAGGGUUGGAAUUUUAAAAACAAAAGCAUCUUCCCUAAAAAAAAAGAAAAGAAAGAAAAAAAAAUUUUGUGACUUGUUUGCACUUGUGCCUGUUUUAAAUUAAACUGAGUGUUCAUUCAAAA